AAAAAAGAAAAAAAAAAAAAAAGAAACAAAGCUUCAUCAUCGCUCAAUCCUUCUCUUCUUGGUUUCUCUUUUCUCUUCUAAAACCCUCGCUUUGGAUUCUUCUCUUCGAUCCAUACUUCUUCUUCGCAUGAGCUAUCAUUGAUCGAUCGCCAUGGCGGAGAUCUCCGGGCUACUCGAGGUCUUCCGUGAAUCAUCGUCGAAGGAUGUUGCGUUGCGGCUCCGGUCCGAUUCGGUGCGACCUGGGCUUGAACGGUUCUUGGCUAUUGUAGAAUCGGGGAUCGGAGAUGCUGGGGAUGGUCGGAAGGUAUUUGAGAGCUGGAGCCGUGCUCAGAUCGAUGCUGUGGCUUCAGUUGCGAAGUUGAUUGUCUCCGCCACUCUUUCCAGUCCGGCUGUGGAAGUGGAGCGGGUGAUGGUGGUUAUCGUGGAGAGGACUCUGGAGUUCUGCAUUAGUGUUCUAGAAAAAUCGGAGUUUGAUGGUGAUGAUCUCAGUUUGCAGAAUGGAUUGCUCCAAGUAAUUGAAACCACAUUGACUGAUGGAGGGGCAAAAGAAUAUGAUGCGUCGUACCUUGACUCUGCAGAUAACUUUGUUGAACUAUUAUCUAUUAUUCCAGUUGAACAUUUCAAUCUUGAUUUGAGCACUGGCCGUUUGAGUGAUCUCCAAGGUCUCUACUGCUUGAAGGACAGAAACUCUGUGCGGAGGGUUUUCACUACUUUAUCUUCAAAAGCACAUCUUUCAGAACUUCCUGUUUUGAGCAAAUCUAACUAUCAGGUUUCCAAGGUUUCAGAUAGCAUGUUGUCUUUAGCAUUGCAUCAUGCAGUUCAUUUGGGAUGCCUACCUCGUCUGCUUCUGCUUUGUCAAAAACUGCUUCAGAUUCCAGCUACUUCUGACAAAGAGGCUGAAGAUAUGUAUCUAUGCUUAAGAUUGGUCUUCAUACAAAGAAUUUUGAAACUACUUGCUAACCUUGCAAAGGAAAUUUCGUAUGAAGCUUGUGACACUAAGUUAUUGUGUGCGGUUGCAAAUUUUGCUGACAUUUUGCCUAACUUGUUCAAAUUGAGGUUUGACAUCAUAAACCAUGAUUGGCUCUCUGCAGGAAGCAAUCCUGGGAGUCUUCUAUUGCUAGUAAUAGAAGACUUUCUACUGUUUAUUCAAAUUAUUUGCUGUGAUGAUACUGUUCUGAAAAACAUCCAAUCAUGGUUGACUGCUUCUAUGCUAGACAUCUUGGAUUCCAAUAUUUGGAGAUAUGAUCAAUCAAACUCUUCAUUAAGACCUCCGCUGAUCUACUACCCUGAAGUUGUCAUGUUUGUCUUAAAGCUCCUUAAGAAUGUUAAGAAAUGGACAUCUCGAACUCAUGAUUGGAAGGAAAGGUCUGAUGUUGAUCUACCUGAUUGUAAUUCAAUGUUUGAGGCGAGCUUUCUUUAUUGCCAUAUUCGUUCUGAGAAGGUUUUAUUGCUCAAGCAAUACACACCCAAGGAAUAUUUGGUGUGGCUAUUUCCAUCAUCAAAGCAAUGGGUGGAUGAUUUGGUACAUCUUGCUUACUUUCUUCACUCAGAAGGAGUGAAAUCAAAGCUGAAGGCUGAAAAAUCACGCCUGAAUUGUGCAAAAGCUGUUGCUUCCUCGGAUUCAGACUGUGCAACUCAUCUUGAAGAUGAGGCCCUCUUUGGGAAUCUCUUUUCUGAAGCCAGCAGGACAGGGGGAUCUGCUGAUGUGCAAGAUCAAACUGUCAGCGCACCUGUUGGUCAUUCCACUGGCCAUCACCUUCUCAUCCAUGCAGCAACUGAGUUGUUGGGCUUUAUGAACAUUUAUAUCUUUUCUCCAGAAUGGCAUAGCUACAUCUUUGAAGAAGGAUACAGGCAAAUUGAUGGGAGCCACAUAUCUCACUUAGUCUCGAUACUUACUUGCCAAACAUCGUUGUCUGAUGAAAGGAACUCGUACAAUUCUGCAUCUUCGGAUCCCCAGUCAACUUUUGAGCAUAUCAGUGAGAUCUGCUUUGAACUGAUGCACAACAUUGUCGUCCAUUGUGCUUUAUCUAGCAUGCUUGAAGAUCAGCUUGUUGAUCAAUUGCUGAAAGUUGAAAAUGGAAUGUAUGUAUACAGUCACUAUACCCUUAAGUUGUUGGCGUUUGCUCUUAUUUCCAGCGUAGAGAUGGAUGAUAUCCGAAUAACAAAAAAAAUCUUCGAGAAUUAUGCUGAUUUUAUUUUGGAGAAGGCGAAAAACAUUUGCCACCAAUGCUCUGAGCCUAUGGAUUUUCUCGAGAUUCUUCCCUGUGCUUUUCAUUUGGAAAUUCUUCUAAUGGCAUUCCAUCUUUCCAAUGAAGUUCAAAAAGCUGCCUUGACAAAUUACCUGUAUUCUUCACUCAGGAAGCUACCCGCUCCCGAAUCUGGAUUUAAUUCGAAGCAGCUUAUUUGUUGGGCAUUGUUAGUUUCAAGGUUGGUUUUGGUGUUGCGGCAUGUGCUUCUCUAUCCAUCUACUUGCCCUUCUUGGUUGGUUCUGCAGUUGAGGUCCAGAGUGAGUGAAUUUCCAUCUAGAGCAUCUUCCCGUUUGUUGAAUGACCACCUGCACUCCUGGGCAUCAGUUGUGACAGAGAGGAUUAUGGUGGGCUCUGGGAAAGAUGUUUCAGGCAUUGGUGUCUUCCUUUCCCACCUUAUUGAUAUCUCUCCCAUUUCUGUAUCAAUUUGUAACAAUGAUGAUAUAUUCCAUAGUCUAGGGUUUGGCUGGAGUGACUUGCUUGCAACCUUUUCAUGGAUUCUUGAUCAUUGGAAAGGCAAGAAAGCUGAAGCGGUAGAAGCACUAAUAGUUGAACGAUAUGUCUUUUCACUUUGCUGGAGUACCCUCUCUAGUUUUCUUUGUGGUACAUUUUCACUUCCAGAAAACAACUGGCAAGAUAUUGACUUAUUCGAUGCUGAAUCAUUUUUCCGAUUUGGUCACUGGAUUGAAAGUAAUGUUGGACUCAGCAGUAAGGAUGUUGACUUUGCAGAUAUUGUUUUUAAUCUACUUCAUCAGUCUUUCCAAAUACAUUUGCCAGCUAUGGCUGCAGUGCAGGACUGGGACUUCUACAGAGCUAGCGCUUGGCUGUCUAUGAUGCUCACUUGGCUUAAUGCUGGAAUUUUUAGAUAUUCUCUGAGGCGAGGGGUUCCUGGUGUUGGGUGGUCGUUAUGUGCUGAGCCAUCUGAAAACUCUGAGUUCUCACGCAAAGCAGAAGAUUUAAUGUUGAACAUUUUGAGGGUCAAUAAAGAUGGAAUGCUAUUAAAUGCCCUAUCAUCUAUUCUGAAGAUAUACUUGCAAGUUCUUCAAUCUGCAUUUCUUUCCACUCUUGAUCAUAAUAUAUCUUUAGCAGGUGGUCCAUAUUCUCUUCUAUUGUUUAAGCACACUAGAUUUGAUGGAUGUAAACUUGCUUCUUUGCUGAAGUUGAGUGCUGCUGAUUCUUUGUGGCUUGAAUCCACAUGUGGUCUCUUGACAAAAUUAGAUGAGAUUGCGAGAGAAGAAGAUAAAGGAAACUUGAAUUUCGUAUCUUUCAGGUGCCGAUGCCAUGGUUUUCCUUCAAAUGGAGAGCCUUCCAGCAGUACACUCAUUUCGUGUGUUCUUAUAGUGCGGGAGAUCAUAUCUAUUUUAGACGGUUAUCUUACUGUCAAAGUAGCUGAAGGAAGUUUAUGUGUGGAGAUGCCAGUACUUUGCCAGCUUCUUGAAUCAGUCAUAUCCAUCAAAUCUGAUAGAAUUUUUCAGUGCAUUAGUGAGAAAUGUGAUUCAGUAUAUUCCAUGUUGGUUUCCAGCCAAAAGGAAAUGUCAGGCUUCAGCGAUCUGCUUGUCCUGAAGCAGAUAGGAAGUUUUCUGGAAGAGAUGAAUGCUAGCGAUGUUUGUAACAAAAAUGUUCAAGAAAUGUUAAUUGUUGAUGUAGUUGAUUUUAUUGAAGGUCUCAGGGGAGAUGAUUCAAAAGAAAAAGUUUUCCAAUCUUUCAUGGGAUCUGCAGAAAACCUAUCUGAAAAAGCAAAGCAACUUUUUGGUGGCCAAUGUAGCAAUCUGUUGGUUCUCAUAAAUGCACUGGAUAAGUGCUACUCUGAGAUGGUCAAUGUGAAAGUUCUCAAUCUAUUUGUUGAUCUUUUUGCCGGUGGAAUGUAUCCAGGUCUUAAGGUUAAGGUUGAACGAAAAUUUAUGGAGAUGGAUUUGUCAUGUCUAUCGAGUUGGCUAGAGAAUAGGCUUUUGGGAUGCACAACAGAAUCUCCAGAAGGUGCUGUUAGUGUAAAAUCAAGCGCUGGAUCACUUAGAGAAUCAACAAUGAACUUCAUUACACAUCUAGUUUCCCAAUCAACCGAAACAGUUUCUGUAGAACUCCAACACCGGAUUGUUGAGGCCAUGCUUAUGUCACUUGAUAGUGCAUUUGUGCUGCAUGAUAUUCAUAUCGCUAGAGCUUAUUUCAGCUUUGUGGUUCAGCUUUUGAGUGGCAAGUCUUCAAUUAAACUGCUCUUAGAAAGGACUAUGUGCUUAAUUGAGAAAUUGGCUGAUAAUGAUGGCUUACUCCAAGGCUUGAAGUUCCUCUUUGGCUUUCUUGGGUCUGUUUUGGGUGACUCUGGAGCUAAUAAGAGUGCCUCGGAUAAGCUUUCAUCAAAGCUUGGCUCAGGUAACAUUCUUGGUUCAGGAUCAAUGAUUUCAAAACCACUUGGUUUGAGAAAAAACUCGGAGAAUUUAGUUCUUCCUGCCAAUCAAGAAUCUAGUUCUACUUUGAUUGAUUGUGAUGCAACUUCUGCUGAUGAAGAUGAAGAUGAUGGCACAUCAGAUGGAGAGGUGGGUAGCAUAGACAAAGAUGAAGAGGAGGAUGGUAACAGUGAAAGGGCACUUGCUUCAAAAGUCUGCACAUUUACAUCCAGCGGGAGUAAUUUCAUGGAACAGCAUUGGUAUUUCUGUUAUACUUGUGAUCUUACUAUCUCAAAAGGGUGUUGUUCUAUAUGUGCGAAAAUUUGCCAUCGAGGUCACCGUGUGGUAUAUUCUCGAUCUAGUCGUUUUUUCUGUGACUGUGGGGCAGGUGGCGUCAGGGGUAGCAGUUGUCAGUGCUUGAAGCCUCGAAAAUUUACUGGAAGCAACAAUGCACCAGCUAAUAACACUAGUAGUUUUCAAUCCCUUUUGCCAUUCUCUCAAGAUUCUGAGCAGGCACCAGACAGUGACACGGACUUGGAUGAUGAUAUUUAUCUGGAUAUUGAAAAUUCCUUCAACUUGCCAAUUUCAAGAGAGGUGCGUAAUGAGCUUCCUGCAGUGCUCAAGGACCUUGAUAUGGAAGGCAGAAUUCUUGAACUCUGCAACAGACUGCUGCCUGAGGUGAUCGACCGCAGGAAUUCAAAUUCAUCUAAAGAUACAAAAGUAAUACUGGGUGAUGAUAAGGUGUUAUCCUAUACUGUUGAUCUUUUCCAAUUGAAGAAGGCCUACAAAGGUGGGUCCCUGGAACUGAAGAUAAAAACGGACUAUCCUAACUCCAGAGAACUCAAAUCACUCCUUAUUAGUGGAUCUCUCAUUAAAUCAUUGCUUAGUGUUAGUAUUCGUGGAAGGCUUGCGGCUGGCGAAGGUGAUAAAGUGGCUAUAUUUGAUUUGGGACAACUAAUUGGACAGCCCACAGCGACACCUGUUACAGCAGAUAAGAUUAAUGUUAAGCCCCUUUCUAAGAACAUUGUCCGUUUUGAAAUUGUUCAUUUACUGUUCAAUCCUGUCGUAGAAAAUUACCUUGCUGUUGCUGGGUAUGAAGAGUGCCAGGUCCUUACUGUGAAUUCUCGUGGUGAAGUGACCGACCGGCUUGCAAUUGAGCUUGCGUUGCAAGGUGCCUAUAUUCGUAAGGUGGAGUGGGUUCCAGGUUCUCAGGUUCAGAUAAUGGUGGUGACUAAUGUCUUUGUCAAGAUAUAUGACCUUUCCCAAGAUAACAUCAGUCCAAUGUACUACUUCACUCUGGCUGAUGAUUUGAUUAUGGAUGCCACACUUGUUUCCGCUCCCAUGGGAAAAGUAUUUGUUCUUGUUUUAUCAGAACGUGGCUGCUUAUAUCGGCUAGAAUUGUCCAUGGAGGGUGAUAUUGGAGCCAAAGCUAUAACAGAUAUUAUCCAUGUUCAGCACAAGGAUUUUCAGCCAAAAGGCCUUUCCUUGUACUUCUCUUCAACUUACAGGCUACUUUUCUUGUCCUAUCAGGAUGGAACUACCUUGAUUGGUCGCCUGGAUGCCAAUGCAACGUCUCUCACCGAGAUAUCAGCUGUCUAUGAAGAUCUUGAUGGUAAAGCAAAGCCGGCUGCACUCCAUCAUUGGAGAGAAUUGCUUGUGAGUGGUGGGGUUUUUGUUAGCUUCUCAAGUUUUAAAUCGAAUGCAGCCCUCGCAAUUUCCAUAGGUCCGCAUGAAUUAUUUGCGCAGAACAUGAGAUAUGGGGCAGGCUUAUCUUUGCAUGUGGUAGGAGCUGCUGCGUAUAAGCCUUUGUCAAAAGAUAAAGCACACUGUGUAGUUCUACAUGAUGAUGGCAGCCUCCAAAUUUACUCUCAUGUGCCUAUGGGCUCUGACCUAGCCACAAAUUUGAGCAGUGAUCAUACAAAGAAGUUAGGGUCUGGCAUUCUUAACAGUAGAGCUUAUGAUAGUUUGAACCCAGAAUUUCCCCUAGAUUUCUUUGAGAAGACAAUGUGCAUUACACCUGAUGUGAAGCUGAGCGGCGAUUCAAUAAAAAAUGGUGACUCUGAAGGUAUCAAGCAAAGGUUGGCAUCAGAAGAUGGAUUUGUGGAGAGUGCAAGUUCUGCGGGAUUUAAGGUGACUGUAUCAAACUCAAACCCUGACAUUGUCAUGGUUGGUUUUCGUGUACAUGUGGGUAACACAUCACCAAAUCAUAUUCCUUCUGAAAUUGCAAUUUUCCAGAGGGUAAUUAAACUUGACGAAGGCAUGCGGUCAUGGUAUGAUAUCCCUUUUACAAUAGCAGAGUCGCUUUUGGCCGAUGAAGAGUUCACAAUUUCUGUGGGUCGAACUUUUGAUGAUAUCAACAUGCCUAGAAUAGAUUCCUUGGAAGUUUAUGGCCGUGCCAAAGAUGAAUUUGGCUGGAAGGAGAAAAUGGAUGCUUUGCUGGAUAUGGAAGCUCAUGUGCUUGGUUCUGGCUCUAGUGUGACUGGGGCUGGAAAGAAGUUUCAGGCUGUGCCAGCUGCUUCGAUGCAGGAGCAAGUUUUGUCAGAUACUCUAAGGCUUCUUUCCAAAAUAUAUUUAUUAUGUAGGUCAGACUCCUCAGAGGCUGAGGAUGCCAUUUCAGAUCUUGAUAAACUCAAAUGCAACAAGUUGCUGGAAACCAUAUUUCAGAGUGACAGGGAACCAUUAUUGCAGUCUGCUGCUUGUCGUGUUCUCCAGGCAGUCUUUCCUAAGAGAGAGAUCUACUACCAUGUGAAAGACACUAUGCGCCUCAUGGGGGUUGUAAGUUCUUCCCCCAUGCUUAGUUCAAGGAUAGGAACUGGAGGUGCUACAGGUGGGGGUGUUGUUAAAGAGUUCACAGCACAGUUACGUGCUGUCUCUAAAAUUGCACUGCAUAGAAGAUCAAACUUGGCCACCUUUCUCAAAAUUCAUGGCUCAGGAAUAGUGGAUGGAUUGAUGCAAGUUUUAUGGGGUAUAUUGGACUUGGAGCAACUAGACACACAAGCAGUAAACAACAUUGUUGUGCCCUCUGUGGAGCUUAUCUAUAGUUAUGCUGAAUGUUUGGUGCUGCAUGGCACUGAAGCAUCUGGAAGCUCUGUUGCUCCUGCAGUUGCAUUACUCAAGAAAUUACUUUUUGCCCCAUACGAGGCAGUCCAAACGGCAAGCAGUUUAGCUAUAUCAUCUAGGUUGCUACAAGUUCCCUUUCCCAAGCAGACAAUGAUAGCCACUGAUGAUGCUGCGGAGCAUCCAGUUACAGUACAUGCACCUUCUGAUGUAAGUGCAUCUGGGGGAAAUGCACAGCUCAUGAUUGAAGAAGAUUCUGGCACAUCAUCUGUACAAUAUUGCUGUGAUGGUUGCUCCACUGUUCCUAUAGUUAGACGUCGAUGGCAUUGCAACAUAUGCCCAGACUUCGACUUGUGUGAGGCCUGCUAUGAAGUUCUGGAUGCAGAUAGGCUGCCUCCACCACAUUCUAGAGAUCACCCCAUGUCGGCUAUCCCUAUUGAAAUAGACUCCCUAGGUGACGGAAAUGAAAUUCAUUUCUCUUUGGAUGAGUUGACUGAUACCAGCAUUAUGCCUGCUGCUAUGGAUAUAGGCACCAAUAAUUCACCAUCUUCACUGCAUAUAUUGGAAACUAAUGAAGCUGGAGACUUCCCUGCUUCAACUUCUGACCAAAGAAUAGUUUCUAUAUCUGCUUCAAAGCGGGCUGUGAAUUCUCUGUUGCUUCGCCAAUUAGUUGGAGAACUUAAAGGAUGGAUGGUAUCAACUUCAGGGCUGCGGGCCAUCCCUGUUAUGCAACUAUUUUACAGAUUGUCUUCUGCAGUAGGUGGACCUUUUAUGGAUAGCUCAAAUAAUGAAAAUUUGGAUCUUGAAAAAUUUGUGAAGUGGUUUUUGGACGAGAUCAACCUCAACAGACCAUUCAAUGCAAAACUCCGUUCGUCUUUUGGGGAAGCUACAAUCCUUGUCUUUAUGUUCUUCACUCUAAUGCUUCGGAACUGGCAUCAGCCUGGAAAUGAUAGUUCUCAGUCAAAAUCAGGUGGAGCCUUGGAUUCACAAGAUAAAGUUUCUGUUCAGAUUUCUUCAGUUGCUGCAAUAACUACACCUUCUGUUGAUCAUGAGAAAAACGAGUUUGCUUCUCAGCUUGUGCGAGCUUGUACUUACCUUAGACAGCAGACUUUUGUGAACUAUUUAAUGGAUAUCUUGCAGCAGCUUGUGCAUAUUUUCAAGUCCACCUCCAUAAAUGUUGACGGUAGCUUGUCUUCUGGCUCGGGUUGUGGUUCGCUUCUGACAGUUCGAAGAGAACUUCCUGCUGGAAACUUCUCUCCUUUCUUUUCUGAUUCUUAUGCUAAAGCUCAUCGUGCGGAUUUUUUCGCGGAUUACCAUAAGUUGCUAUUGGAAAAUACUUUUCGACUGGUCUAUAGUUUGGUUCGACCUGAAAAGCAGGACAAGUUGGCAGAAAAAGACAAAGUUUACAAGUCAUGUAUUGGUAAGGAUUUGAAGUUGGAAGGAUUCCAGGAUGUUCUAUGUAGUUAUAUUAGUAAUCCAAAUACGACAUUUGUUCGAAGAUAUGCGAGAAGACUCUUUCUUCAUCUCUGCGGUAGCAAGACCCAUUAUUAUAGUGUCAGAGAUUCGUGGCAGUUCUCAAAUGAAGUGAAGAAGCUAUACAAACUAGUGAAUAAAGCUGGAGGCUUUCAGAAUCCAAUGCCAUAUGAGAGAAGUGUUAAACUUGUGAAAUGUUUGUCUGCUAUAUCUGAGGUGGCAAGCUCUAGACCCAGGAAUUGGCAGAAAUACUGCUCGAAGCAUUCAGAUUUUCUCCCUUUUCUGAUGAAAGGAAUUUUUUAUUUUGGUGAAGAAUCUGUGAUACAAACACUGAAGCUUUUGAAUCUGGCUUUCUACACUGGGAAAGACAUGGGCCAUUCUACACAAAAAGGAGAAACUGGGGAUGUGGGAACAAGCUCUAAUAAAGGUGGGCAACAGUCUUUGGAUUCAAAAAAGAAGCGGAAAGGCGAGGAUGGAACUGAAAAUGGUUCUGAGAAAACUUGUUUGGAAAUGGAACAGGCUGUUGAAAUCUUCAAUGACAAAGAUGGUUACAUUUUGAGGCAUUUUAUUGAUUCCUUCUUGUUAGAAUGGAACUCAACAAGUGUGCGUGUUGAGGCCAAAUGUGUGCUGUAUGGAAUUUGGUAUCAUGGCAAACAGUCAUCAAAGGAGGCCUUGUUGAUCGAUCUCUUACAGAAAGUAAAGUGUCUCCCUAUGUAUGGUCAAAACAUUGUGGAGUAUACCGAGCUCAUGACCUUACUACUUGGCAAGUCACCUGAUGCUAGUGUGAAGCAAUAUGAAACAGAGUUUGUAGGCCGAUGCUUAACUUCUGACUUUAUAAGCUGCAUGUAUGAGACACUUCACUCACAAAAUGAACUUCUUGCAAAUCACCCAAAUUCACACAUAUAUAAUACUUUGAGUAGCCUGGUGGAGUUUGACGGUUACUAUCUUGAAAGUGAGCCUUGUGUAGCAUGCAGCUGUCCAGAAGUUCCUUACAGCAGAAUGAAACUUGAGAGCUUAAAAUCUGAGACAAAGUUCACUGACAACCGCAUAAUAGUGAAAUGCACUGGAAGCUAUACUAUUCAGACAGUCACAAUGAAUGUCCAUGAUGCUCGUAAGUCAAAAUCAGUGAAGGUUUUGAAUUUGUAUUAUAACAAUAGGCCUGUGGCUGACUUGUCAGAACUGAAAAAUAAUUGGUCAUUGUGGAAGCGGGCAAAAAGUUGUCAUCUUGCUUUUAACCAAACAGAGCUAAAAGUUGAAUUUCCAAUUCCAAUUACUGCUUGCAAUUUUAUGAUUGAGCUCGAUUCCUUUUAUGAAAAUCUUCAAGCUUCUUCUGUGGAGUCCCUGCAAUGUCCUCGUUGUAGCAGGUCCGUCACCGACAAGCAUGGUAUUUGUGGCAAUUGCCAUGAAAAUGCAUAUCAAUGCAGGCAAUGCCGAAAUAUUAAUUAUGAAAAUCUGGAUUCUUUUCUUUGCAAUGAGUGUGGAUACAGCAAAUAUGGCCGUUUUGAAUUUAAUUUCAUGGCAAAGCCAAGUUUUACUUUCGAUACCAUGGAAAAUGAUGAGGAUAUGAAAAAAGGGUUGGCAGCUAUUGAAUCCGAAUCAGAAAAUGCACAUAGGCGAUAUCAGCAGCUUCUGGGAUUCAAAAAGCCUUUGCUUAAACUUGUAUCAAGCAUUGGUGAACAUGAUAUUGAUUCUCAACAGAAGGAUACUGUCCAGCAAAUGAUGGUGUCCUUGCCUGGGCCAUCGUGUAAGAUCAACCGGAAAAUUGCUCUUCUAGGUGUGCUUUAUGGUGAAAAAUGUAAAGCGGCUUUUGAUUCUGUCAGUAAAAGUGUCCAGACAUUGCAAGGGCUUCGUCGGGUGCUUAUGGCCUAUCUGCACCAGAAGAACUCUGAUGAUAUGUUAGCUUCUUCAAGAUUUGCAGUUUCUCGAUCACCAAAUAAUUGCUAUGGAUGUGCUAUCACAUUUGUUGCACAGUGUAUGGAGUUGUUGCUAGUGUUGUCAAAACAUCCAAACUGCAAAAAGCAACUUGUUGCUGCUGGCAUCUUGCCAGAAUUAUUUGAGAACAAUAUUCACCAGGGCCCCAAAUCUGCUCGCGUUCAGGCAAGGGCAGUUCUUUGUGCUUUCUCUGAAGGUGAUUCCAAUGCAGUGGCUGAGUUGAACUCUCUGAUACAGAAGAAGGUUAUGUACUGCCUUGAACAUCAUAGGUCAAUGGACAUUGCACUGGCAACUCGUGAAGAACUGCUCCUUCUUUCGGAGACUUGUGCUGUGGUAGAUGAAUUCUGGGAAGCCAGGUUACGUGUUGCUUUUCAGCUGUUAUUUUCCUCCAUUAAAUUAGGAGCCAAGCAUCCUGCUAUUUCGGAGCAUAUUAUUCUUCCUUGUUUGAGGAUUGUAUCUCAGGCUUGUACACCACCUAAGUCUGAGAGUGCCGAGAAGGAACAAGUCAGUGGCAAAUCUGCUUCUGUUUUGCAUUCAAAGAAUGACCAUUCUUUAAACACUUCUUCUCAUAGCAUGUCAAGUGGAACUAAAGUUCUACCUGAGUUAUCUGAGAAGAAUUGGGAUGGUGGUCGAAAAGUUCAGGAUAUUCGACUAUUGAGCUAUUCUGAGUGGGAAAGAGGUGCUUCAUAUCUUGAUUUUGUCAGGCGGCAGUACAAAGCCUCACAGGCUGUCAAAGCUACUUCACAAAGAACUCGCCAAGAUCCUCAAAAACUUGAAUACAUAUCUCUUAAAUAUGCUCUAAAAUGGAAACGGCGAGCUUGCAGAAGAACAUCAAAGGGUGAUUUGUCAACAUUUGCAUUGGGCUCUUGGGUUUCAGAAUUAAUAUUGAGUACUUGUUCCCAAUCUAUAAGAUCUGAAAUUUGUGCUUUGAUUAGUCUUCUCUGCCCCCAAAAUUCUUCUCGAAGAUUUCAGUUAUUGAACCUACUCACUUCAUUGCUCCCAGCAACCCUCCCUGCGGGUGAAAGUGCUGCAGAAUAUUUUGAUUUAUUCUUUAAGAUGAUAGAUUCUGAAGCUGCACGUUUAUUCUUGACUGUGAGGGGAUGCCUGACUGACAUCUGCAAGCUGAUAACUGUGGAAGUUGGAAAUGUUGAAUCACGGGAGAGGAGUCUUAAUAUCGACAUAUCUCAAGGAUUCAUCCUUCAUAAACUUAUUGAGCUUCUAAGCAAGUUCCUUGAAGUACCCAAUAUUCGGACCAGAUUCAUGCGAGAUGAAUUGCUCUCUGAAAUUCUGGAGGCUUUUCUUAUCAUUCGUGGUCUCAUAGUGCAGAAGACAAAGCUAAUUAGUGAUUGCAAUCGACUCUUGAAGGAUCUUCUUGACAGUCUACUGCUUGAGAACACUGGAAACAAGCGGCAGUUCAUACGUGCAUGUAUUUCUGGUCUACAGAAUCGUGGGAAGGAAAGAAAGGGGCGGACAUCUCUGUUUAUUUUAGAGCAGCUCUGUAAUAUGAUUUGUCCAUCCAAGCCAGAGCCUGUUUAUCUUUUGAUUCUCAAUAAGGCUCAUACUCAGGAAGAAUUUAUACGUGGUUCAAUGACCAAAAAUCCUUAUUCCAGCACUGAGAUUGGCCCUCUAAUGCGGGAUGUCAAAAAUAAAAUAUGUCAUCAAUUGGAUCUCUUGGGUCUUUUAGAAGAUGACUAUGGCAUGGAAUUGCUAGUUGCUGGGAACAUAAUUUCUCUUGACCUGAGUAUAUCUCAAGUUUAUGAACAAGUGUGGAAAAAAUACCACAGCAAGGCACAAAAUACUUUGUCCAGUUCUGUUGCAGCAGCUUCUGGUGGAUUUUCAUCAGUAAAAGAUGGUCCUCCAAUGACAGUUACAUACAGGCUUCAGGGUUUAGAUGGUGAAGCGACUGAACCAAUGAUCAAAGAACUUGAAGAGGAGAGAGAGGAAUCACAGGAUCCUGAAGUUGAGUUUGCGAUAGCAGGUGCUGUCAGAGAGUGUGGAGGGUUGGAGAUUAUUCUUAGCAUGAUCCAGCACUUGCGUGAUGAUGAAUUGAAGUCCAACCAAGAAGAGAUGAGUUCAGUGCUUAAUCUUCUUCGGUACUGCUGUAAGAUAAGAGAGAACAGGCGGGCAUUAUUACGAUUAGGAGCUUUGGGAUUGCUUCUUGAUACUGCAAAACGUGCUUUCUCAGUUGAUGCGAUGGAACCUGCUGAAGGCAUACUUUUGAUUGUGGAAAGUCUCACCAUGGAAGCCAAUGAGAGUGACAUUGGCAUUGCUCAAAGUGUUCUCACUGUAACUAAUGAAGAAAGUGGUGCUGAUGAGCAGGCAAAAAAGAUUGUUCUCAUGUUUCUGGAAAGACUAUGCCACAAGAAGUCAAAUAAGCAGCAACGCAAUGAUGAGAUGGUCGCUAGGAUACUGCCAUACCUAACUUACGGGGAACCAGCAGCUAUGGAAGCACUUGUCCAACAUUUUUACCCUUUCCUACAGGACUGGGGUGAAUUUGAUCGUUUGCAGAAAGAGCACCAGUGUAAUCCCAAGGAUGAGAUGUUAGCUGAACAAGCAGGUAAGCAAAGGGCUGCUUUGGAAAAUUUUGUUAGAGUAUCAGAAUCCCUCAAGACUAGUUCCUGCGGGGAGAGGCUGAAGGACAUUAUUCUAGAGAAGGGGAUUACCAGGCUUGCUGUUAAACACUUAAGAGAGUGUUUUGCUGUCACGGGGAAGGCUGUAUUCAGAUCUACUCCAGAAUGGGCUUCUGGUUUAAAACUGCCUUCAGUUCCACUUAUAUUGUCAAUGUUGAGGGGACUUUCAAAGGGUCAUUUGGCUACUCAGUUGUGUAUUGAUGAGGAAGGCAUCUUACCUCUGCUUCAUGCUUUAGAGGGAGUCGCUGGAGAAAAUGAGAUCGGUGCAAAAGCUGAAAACUUGUUGGAUACAUUGGCUGACAAGGAGAGUAAUGGGGAUGGCUUUUUAGGAGAGAAAAUUGACAAUUUGCGGCAUGCUACCAAGGAUGAGAUGCGUCGUAGGGCCUUGAGGAGAAGGGAGGAAUUACUAAAGGACCUUGGAAUGAGAAGAGAGUUUGCUUCAGAUGGGGGUGAGCGAAUUAUUGUUUCUAAGCCUGUGAUUGAAGGGUUGGAAGAUGUUGAGGAAGAAGAAGAAGAUGGUUUGGCAUGCAUGGUAUGCCGGGAAGGCUAUAGUCUUCGGCCUAACGAUAUGCUGGGGGUUUACUCAUACAGCAAGAGGGUGAAUUUGGGUUCAACUUCUUCAGGAAGCGGGCAGGGAGAUUGUGUCUACACAACUGUGAGUCAUUUCAACAUCAUACAUUUCCAGUGCCAUCAGGAGGCCAAACGGGCAGAUGCCGCACUGAGGAACCCUAAAAAGGAAUGGGAAGGUGCUACCCUAAGAAACAAUGAAACCUUGUGCAACUGCAUCUUUCCAUUGAAAGGUCCAUCUGUUCCUCUCCCACAGUAUGUUCGAUGUGUUGACCAGUUCUGGGACAACCUUAAUGCUCUUGGCCGAGCAGAUGGUAGCCGGCUCCGGCUAUUGACCUAUGACAUUGUCCUGAUGCUAGCCCGGUUCGCAACGGGUGCUCCAUUUAACACAGACUGCAAAGGUGGUGGCAGAGAGAGCAACUCAAGGUUCUUGCCUUUCAUGAUUCAAAUGGCUUGUCACCUCCUUGAUCAAGGUAGUUCGGGUCAGCAACGCCGAACCAUAGCCAAGUCAGUCACUUCAUACUUGUCUUCAACUCCUACGGACUCCCCCACGAGGCCAUCUUCCUCUUUUCCUCUACCCCGCUCUUCUAACGGACCCUCAGAUGAGACUGUCCAGUUCAUGAUGGUGAAUUCCCUCCUCUCGGAGUCCUAUGAGGAUUGGACACAACAUCGCCCGGCCUUCUUGCAACGUGGUAUUUACCAUGCUUACAUGCAACACAAACACGGCCGCUCAACCCUCCGUGUUUCUGAUUCUGAUACAACCGCUGCCAUUGCUAAAUCUGACGAGGGUUCGGGUUCAUCAACAAACACAAGCGACACUGCCAAGCUCUUCGCCAUUGUCCAUCCAAUGCUAGUCUACACAGGCUUAAUUGAGCAGUUGCAGCAGUUCUUCAAGCUGCACAAGACAUCAACAACAACAACAACAACAGCAGGGUCAAAAGAACCCGUAGGGGAUGAUGGCGGUAACGGCAAAGGCCUGGAGAGGUGGGAGGUUGUGAUGAGAGAAAAGGUAGUGAAUGUGAAGGAGAUGGUUGGGUUCUCAAAGGAGAUGCUCUCAUGGCUCGAGGAAAUGACGUCGGCCAUCGACCUGCAAGAGGCAUUUGAUGUCAUGGGGUCCUUGGGGGAUGUUGUCUCAGCCGGAUUCUCUCGCUGCGAAGACUUUGUUCAGGCUGCAAUUCUCGCCGGCAAGAGUUAGAAUUUAUGCUCAGAAUUUCGUAUUUUUUGAGACAUCAUAACAUUUAAAGUUACAUAUAUAUAUAUAUAUAUAUGCAUUUGCAACAGAAACAAUUUGGCCUCUUGGUCUUUUUGUAGAUUUCUCCAGUUUUAUAUCUGUUCAAGAGUGUUUUGUAUCUGCGGUUGUAUCAUGUAUGAUGUAUGUAUACCUACUUAUUUAAAUCAUGGUUACCGUUGUUCUGACAAUAAGAAAAAUUGAUCCCAUUUCAUUAAUUGUUCUGGGAUUUUUUGCA